AUGGCAGAGCCCCUGGCGGAAGAGCCUGCGUUCGACGCUGUUGUCUUCUUGGACGUCGAUGGCGUGUGCCAUCCAGCGACCACCGUAGGCGGCGACUACACUGACGAGGCUGCGCUCUUCGCCGCCGAAGCGAUGCAGCACCUCGCCGCGAUCGUCGCCAGCCAGAGCCCGCCGGCCAGCGUCGUGCUCACAAGCACCUGGCGCAAGCAUGAUGUGCUGCGUGCUCGCGUCGACGCAGCACUUAAACGCCAUGGCAUACUUCGUGGUGUCGAAGGUGCCACCGACGUCUUGCCGCGCGCGGAUGCAGCCAGCAGCCGCCAGGCCGAGAUCUGCCACUGGCUGCGCAACCAUUCGGUACGGCGCUUUGUCAUUCUCGACGACCUCCCGCUGGCGUCGCAUGCCACAACUUCAGGUCUCUGGGGCUACGGCGCGUAUGCGAGCGUCCAUGCUCACUGCAUCUGUCCCGACUACCAGCUCGGCCUCGAGGAGCAGCACGUAGCGGUCGCCCAAACGAUCCUCACCCACAAUGUCUGGUCGGACGAGAUCUUAGUCGAUAGCGAGUAA